AUGCUUCGAAUUAGAAAUUAUAAAAUAUAUAUUUUAUUAAUAUUUAUUGGAAUAUUAUUAAUAUUAAAUCUCUAUAAAUUACAAUUAACUUCAUCAGAAAUCGAUUGGUUAAAUCAUUCCAAAUGGCCGGAAUGGUUACGUUAUGGACUUGAUUUAUUUAAUAAAAAUCAAUCAAGAAUAUAUGAUGUUUAUUUAUAUCAACGUUUUGAUCCCAAGUCCAAUCCACCAUUUAAUUGGCCAUAUUCGAUCAAUGUUCAUGAAGAAUCCGGUAUUUAUUUAAAAUUCAUUUAUGACUUCUAUCAUGAUUUACCAGAUAAAAUGUUAUUUAUUCAUGCAAAUCCAUUUCAACAUACAUUACAUCCAUUUGAAGCA